AUGCCUCCCAAGCCCCUCCCUCCCCAUCGUCGAGUUGCGCACACUGCGCCUCGCCCUCAGCCUGCCGCUCCCCGUCCUCAGUCUGCCGCACUUGCCGUAGCUGCAGCAAUUCGCACUCAGGCUGCUGCGCCUGCCACACCCGCUCUAGUGGCAGGACCUAGCCGCUCUGUUGGUCCACACAUGGCUGCGCAGAAUGCACCUCCCCUCCAGUCGGUUGCAUCUGUCACCCCUACCGUGGCUGCUGCUCCUACUGCAACCACUGUAGCCACUCGCCCUCACGGCGCAUGGAACAGACUUGCCUCGUUGCCCAUUGACAUUGGCCGCGAGAUUCUGCGUCAUCUGCGCCCCGUGGACCAGCACCAUCUCAUCGAAGCUGCCGACUUUGGUUCUUGGAGCCAGGUCAACUUUGCCGUCCUCGACAUUACCGUUGAGGGCGCUACCGUCACGAGCUGGGCCUGGGCUAACAUGGAUCUGCGCCGUCGUGACGACAGAAUCUAUCUUGUGACUCGAAAACGAGGACAAGAUCAGCCUGUCGUCAGCGCGUUCAUCUCCGCAAGAGAUGUUCCUCUUCACCACUUCGUCGCCGCGGAAGCUGUUGUCGCAGCCAACGCUCUCCCUCAAGUCCGUUUCACACUCAGACGUCUCGACAUGCAUGGAGAGACUCUCUUUGACGUCGACGCACUCCGCACUGUUAUGGAGGAGCUGCCCUACCUAGAGGAGCUUCGCGUUGCGAACAACUCGGCCAUCCUCCCCGAUCACUUCCUUGACACCUUCUUGUCGUGGAGCGAUCUCAGAGUCCUUGACUUCCGCCCCGCCGACCCCAGACAACAUGCCUCUGGUAGUAUGCGCACCGUCUCCGACCAAUAUUCUCGCUACUUCCUGGCUCUCGCUGUUGCUUACAUCCCUAUCAUCAACCAGCACCAUAGCAACAUGCUUGAACCGGGCUCAAUGUUCAUGGACAUGCUCACCGCCGUGCUGGGUGUGCCCGACCUUGACGACAUCAUCAAUGCCUGCACCACCUUCCAAACCGACAACACAUCCUCAGCUGUUGCCCCUGCUUAUGAUGAAGACGAUGAUGGCGAGGACAUGGGUCUCGCUGAUGACGGCAGCGGUCCCUCCAUGGUCCUUGACAGCCCCGAAUAUCAGGCAUCUGCCCGCGACCUCGCCCGCCGCGUCUGCGUUAGCAACAACCCCAACUUCUAUCGUUGUGACACGCAUGGUCUCCUGCCCAGCAUCUGCUUCAGCACAGCCGACCGCAAGAAGUCUUCCACAGACGAGUCGGUUUCUUGCCGUAUCGAGGGACUGGGUAGAGACUGGGUCUCCCCUCUCGAUGCCCAAGUCAGAGAGUUCUGGCUCCGCCUGAGCACUCAAUUUGGCCGCAACCAGCGCCUCGGUCGACUCCCUUCCAUGCCUGCCGAGCGUCGCACCGAUGAAGAACAUGUCACUCCAUACCCUCAUAACCUCGACUCGUGGAAUGACCGCAAGUUCCCGACUGAGUUGGCUCGCAUCGAGGGUCAGCCACCUGUCUAUGACAGAGACCUUCCUCAAAACGCCUCGCUUCCUUCCCGUCUCAUGUCGUCUUACAUCCCCGGCGCCUCGCGUCCUUCGCAUGUCAGCUCAACUUCCGCUGCCGCCUCCUCGCCUCGUGUUCAGAUCAAGGAGCCUUCCGAUCGUCUUGCUGCUGACGAGCCUCUUGUCAAACCCUCUGACACUGCCGCCGCAGAUGUCCCUAUGCGCAACCCCAUCUCAUUCCCUCCUCGUCAGGACCCAUUCCCCCAGCCUGUCUCCAAGGGUGAGGCUCCUGCUCAACCCUU